AUGGGCCCCUUCGAGGCGAAAUAUGCCAAGGCGCUCAAAUUAUCAUUGGUGGUCGUGGAGGGCGUUGUUGUGGCUGGAGUGGUGGUCGAUGGUGUUGUUGUCGUAGUGGCAGUGGAGGUGGUUAGAGGACUGAACGAGCUUGUGCCACCGCUGCCGACAAGCGAGGAGCCCGAAGUGCUCCCACUGCCGCUUGAAACGGCCGUUGGGACAGUGUUGAUCGCGCCUGCACUGCCGAAGAGGCCCCCGACUGUGCCUGUACUGCUGCUGCUCUGCAUAAAGCACAAGCAGCUCUGCAGCCAACGCAUGCCUCAGUAG